CUCGCUCUGAUGACCACACACAUUCGGAAUACCAUCAGAUGGACCCUGCAGCCAGUGAAACGAUGGAGAUGGUGGCUCUGGGCCGUCCAUUCAGCCUGGUGCUUUAUGACUGCCGCAGAGACUCACUCAUCCCUGGAAUGACUCUGUGGGACCAGAAUGACCUGGAGAAAGACACAAGGGAAAGACCCAGCCCUAACAGUGACUUUGAGAUAGUUGCAUCUGAGUCUAUUGAGGAUAAAUUAUCAGCACUAAAUGUUGAAGCGUCUCUGAAAGCAAGUUUCUUGUGUGGUUUGGUAAAAGUUGGAGGAUCAGCCAAAUACCUGAAUGAUCAGAAGACCUCUAAAAAACAGGCCAGAAUGACACUGAAGUACAAAACUACCACAAAGUUCCAGGAACUGUCAAUGAAUCAUCUUGGAAGAGGAAAUGUGAAACAUCCAUACGUUUUUGAACAAGGUUUAGCAACUCAUGUAGUCACAGGUAUUCUUUAUGGGGCACAAGCCUUCUUUGUGUUUGACCGUGAAGUUUCUGAAAAAGAAAAUAAUCAAGAUAUUCAGGGCAGCUUGAAAGUGAUGAUCAACAAGAUACCCACCAUUUCUAUAGAGGGUGAUGGUUCCCUGAAAAUGGAAGAUAAGGACAAAGCAAAUGUUGAGAAAUUCUCAUGCAAAUUUCUUGGAGACUUUUCUCUAACAAAAAAUCCAGUGUCCUAUUCGGAUGCUGUUGAGGUUUACCAAAGCCUGCCAAAACUACUAGGAACCAAUGGAGAAAAUGCCGUACCAAUGAAGGUCUGGCUGUUACCACUGACAGCUUUAGAUUCUACUGCAGCUAAACUGGUCCGUCAGAUAAGUAUCGGAUUAGUUCACCAAGCACAGAAACUCCUGGAGGAUUUCAUGGAGCUGGAAAUCAGGUGCAAUGAUACAUUGAGUACCACCACUGCACAGCAGUUCCCACAAGUCUGUAAAAAGAUUAAAAGGUUCAAAGAAAUGUGCUGUGAGUUCAAGCUGGAAUUCCAACAAACUUUGGCAAAGAAGCUUCCCUCGAUCCGAGGAGGAGGAGAAGAGGAGUCUGAGCUGGCAGACGUGCUGAAGAAGAAACUUGCUUCACCUUUCAACAUUGAAGCCCUGAAUGAGUGGAUGGACUGUAAAGAAAGAGAAAUCAGCAUCUUAAAAUCUUUCACCAACAAGAUGAAAAACACCAAGAUCGUUUCUUCCAAUAAUGUUCUACAGGAGGAAGUUCUUAGUGCAGAACAUGCUGUGUGUUUUGUCUUCACCUCCCUGGGAAGUCCUGAACCAUACCUCUCAGUUUUAUCAAACUACUUAACGGGAUCAAACCAACCACACAUUUAUGAUAUAGAGAAGGAACAAUGGUUCCUUUCAAAGGAAGUAGCAGAUGAAAUGCGGACGAAGGUAAAACUCUUCAGUGAAUUUGCAGAGGCUAACGAGGAGAAUGAUAAUGUGAAGUUCCUGACAGUGGGUUUAACCAAUGAGAGACAGAAAGGUUCAAGCAUCUACCUUUAUGGAGAAGACUUUACUGUCACUGAGAACUUUGAGCCGCCUUCAAAGCCUGAAACUGUGACAGCAGGAGACAUCAACCACAACAGUGUGACCCUGAAGAUUUCUCCUCCCAGAUAUGGAGCCGAGAACAUCACCUCCUACUCUGUUGAGUUCUGUGUCCGUGGAGAAGAUGAAUGGAAACAGGAGAGUCAAUCAAUAGCUGAAGAAGUCACAGUGAGGGAUCUGAAGCCAAACACAGAGUAUGUGUUCAGGUGUAGAGCAGUGACCUCAGCAGGUGUUGGACCAGUCAGUGUAGUCAGUGAUUUCAUUAAAACGUUACCCUGCAGUCCUCCUGAAAAACCUCAGCUUGAACCAACCUCCUCUGAGAUAUCAGUUAGCUGGGAGAGACCUGCUGAGCUCGGACAGGAUGUCCAGAUAUUGAGCUACAUUGUGGAGUACGCACAAACAGAUAACAGCUCAAAAGUGGAAGAUGUCCAGUGGGAGCAAACAAUAUCAAGAGGUGAAAAGGCAGUCCUCUCUGGGCUUCAGUCAGAGACAGAAUAUGCAGUCAGAGUCAGAUGUGAUUGUGGUGUAGCUGGUAGGAGCAAGGAAAGUAUCACUGUUAGUGUCUGGACAACAAAGUGUGAAUUUGCACGUGUUGCUGAAUAUCUCAAACACAUCAGCAAGGUUAUAAACUCAGAUGUCCCCUCAGUUUACAAACUGCCUCUGGAAGUCGAUGAUAUGGAUAUAGAUGGCUGCCGGGGGUACAAGCUUGGUAAAGAAAGCAUGAGACAGAACCGCACUAUUAUGCUUCUUGGAGCCACCGGAUCAGGAAAGUCCACUCUCAUCAAUGGAAUGAUCAACUAUGUUGCUGGUGUUGAAUGGAAAGAUAGUUUCAGGUUUAAGUUAGUUGUUGAGGAUCAGUCAUUAUCUCAGGUUCACAGUCAGACCUCUGAAGUCACUGUGUACAGAAUCAACCACCAGGAGGGGUUUAACAUCCCCUACUCUCUGACUAUUGUGGACACUCCAGGUUUUGGAGACACCAGAGGAAUAACAAGAGACAAGGAGAUCACUGAACAAAUCCGAAGGCUUUUUACUUCUGUUGAUGGAGUUAGUGAGAUAGAUGAAGUAUGCUUUGUUACUCAGGCCGCUCUUGUACGACUCACACCAACACAGAAGUAUGUGUUUGACUCGGUGCUCUCAAUCUUUGGCAAAGAUGUGGCAGAAAACAUUCAGAUGCUGGUGACUUUUGCUGAUGGCAAGCAGCCACCGGUUCUCGAGGCAGUAAAUGCCUCCGGGGUCCCAUGUCCAAAAAAUGAGCUGGGGCUCCCAGUCCACUUUAAGUUCAACAACUCUGCAUUAUUUGCAAACAACAGUGGCAAGAGUAUCAACCCCCAAGAUGAAGAUUCUGACGAGGAUAAUGACGGCUUUGAUGAAAUGUUUUGGAAGAUGGGGGCCAAAAGUAUGCAGAAGUUCUUCACUGCUUUGGGUACGAUGACGACCAAAAGCUUGUUAAUGACUCAAGAGGUUUUAAAAGAACGAAAGCAGCUGGAAGCAGCCAUUGAAGGUUUGCAACCACAAAUUAGAGUUGGACUAGCCAAACUUGGUGAAAUUAAGGCAACGCAAGAAAAGGUCAAAGAUCAUGAAACAAUCAUGACUUCAAAUGAGAACUUUGAGAUUGAGAUUGAAGUUACUAAGCCAGUCCAAAGACAGCUCACAGAGAAAGGGGUCUAUAUUACUAACUGUCAGAAAUGUUCUAUAACAUGCCACUACCCAUGUGCAAUAGCAGAUGAUAAUGAGAAACGAGGCUGUGCAUCAAUGGAUAGGACAGGGAUGUGCACAGUCUGCCCUGGAAAAUGCGUUUGGAGUGUUCAUUUCAACCAGACAUACAAAUGGGAGUAUGUUCCAGUAAAAGAGAAGCAGACACUGCAAGAGCUAAAGCAAAAGUAUGAAAAAGCUACAAAAGAUAAGAUGACGAUUCAGAAACUGAUUGAGAGCCAAGAGAACGAGAUUGUUCAGCUUCAAGACAUGAUGCUGUCCUUAAUAGAGCAGUCAGCUCAUAGUAUAACUCGCCUGCAAGAGAUCGCCCUGAGGCCAAACCCUCUGACCACUCCAGAGUACAUCGAACAGCUGAUAGAAGGAGAGAAAUCAGAAGCCAAACCUGGUUUCAAGGCUCGAGUUCAGUCUUUGGAGGCAAUGAAGGAGAGGGCAAAGAUCAUCUCCAAGGUAGCCCGAAAAGAAGAGCUGACAAAAACAGACGAAGAAUUGUCUCAGCAAAGACAGCAGAGGAAAGAAAAGAAAAGCCUGACCCAGAAAUUUUUUAAUUUUUUGGGAAUUUAGGAAAACUUAUUAUAAGAUCUACAGACCUUGUUAGGAGCAAUGAGAGGCCUUUACAGCACAACUCAAAACAGCAGAAUUUAGAAAGUGACAGAAAAUGUCACUGAAAUUAUUACAUUUAAACUUGAUUAUUAGGUAGAACAUAGUGAUUGAAACUGAAGCUUUUCUGUGUGAUAUAUUCUAUGACAGAGAUUAAAUGAUAGAUUAUUAGUAUUAUGUUGCAUGUUUUUCCAUUUAUGCUUUGUAGCUUCUCUCUGAAAUUAUAACUGCAGGUGAUGUAAUUAAUACUUGCUGUUUUUGGAAAUAGCUGAAAUGAUAACUUGAUUAACAAUGUAGUAGAAAAGAAAUGAACUUAAAUUAACUGAUUGUUGAAGUUGUUUUAAUUUGUUAAAUUGUGAAACAAAAUGUCAUUAAAGUUUGAUGGAGUCAAA